AUGGCUCCCGUCACAUUCUGGGAGGCUCCUGGCGCCUACAUCCACUGGGCUGCGCGUCGGAAACCCGCUAUCUUCUGGAGUCUUGUGCUCGGCAGUUUCGGUCCUGUGUUUCUGUUCGCUGUUCCGCCAGUGCGAAAGUACUUUGGCGAUGGCCCGCGUCCGCAUAUUCCUCACACAUACCCGAUUCCCAAAGGCCCCCGAAAGAUUCCCGAAGGAUACGACGACUGA